AUCAUCACCAGGAUUAGUAGUGAAUGAUGGACCACUCUUAUCACCGAUUAGUUUAUUAGCUAAUCCUCAUUCUAGACAAAUCGGACCACCAGGAUUAUUUCUAGUUUCAAGAGGUAAAAAAACUACAUCGAUUGUAGACUGUGAUGGUAGAAGUGUGAUGAAGAAACCGUUUGUUUGGAGUAAUGAUAAACAUUCAAAACCAUCUGGAAACUUACCUGAGAAUCCAUUAGGGUUCAAAAUUGAUAUGAUCAUCGUUCAAGAAAAACGUACGAUGAUGGUUGGAAUCGAUUCUAGCGAAGUCAAAGUGUUUGAGAUCGGAGGUCAGCCUGCAAUUGGAUUAGAAGAAUAUUCUAAUUCGAUUACACUUGAUAUCAUUCCUCAAUUCUAUGGUUUACCUUCUUCUUCAUAUAAUAUGUAUUCUAAUUCGACUAUCUUUGGUGGUAGUCUAAUUUCAUCUAAUCCUAAUAAUAGUAAUAGUAAUGGAAAUGGAGGGAUUGCUGUUGGUGGUGGCAAUGGAGUUGGAGUGAUCACUUCACGAAAUGGUGGAUCUAAUUUUAUUUAUCCCAAUAAUAAAUCACAACAACAACAACAACAAUUAAAUCAAUCACAGAUCAUCAAUCAACAACAGCAAUCUUCUUCAGUUUUGAAUAAUGGAAAUGGAAUGUUUGGGUAUCAUUUGAAUCAUUCGAAUUUGAUUGGAAUCCCGACUAGAGAGAUUAUUUAUUUAGGGUUUAAUGAUCUAAUGAAACAAGUGAUUUGGUCUGAACGUAGAGGGAAUAUGUUUGGAAUUUAUUGUCUUGAACCGAUUUGAUGAUUAAGAUGAGAGAAAUCUAUAGAUUUCUAUUUUGUUUUUCGAACAAGAAUAAAAACAAACCUGUUUCUUUAUAUGUUUUUGUUUUUUUUUUGUUUUUUUUUUCUUUUUUGAAUUUAUUUUAAAUGUUGUUUUUGGUGAUCUGUCUGUGUGGGUUUUUUUUGGUUUUUGUUAAUAGAUUAUUUUGAGAUGGUAUGUGUG